AGGGAGAUGUUGGAUACCAUUGCUGAUAUGCCUCAGAGACCCUUAGAAAUAUCUGUCUCAAUGCAGACAGAUGCAAGUUGGAUUCAUGACCACGUCUAUAAGAGAAAGCCUCCCCUUACAGCUCCAAAGGAGACCCAAGAAGAAAUUCCUCCUGAGAAUGAUAUCUAUGCUGUUAUUCCCCAAGAUCUCAGCUGCUUAGACAUUUUAUGCGACACAGAGUUUACAGAAGACUUCUUAAAACUGUUUCAAGAAUCUCUGCAGACAAUUUCCAGUGUUGGCCCACCUACUAUUCUAGCUUAUAGACCAGAGUCAUCAAGAGCAGAUAUUCACAUUGAGGUCCAGAAGGAAACUCCAGAAACCUGUGAAUUCUGUGGCAGCCCCCUAAUAUACUUCCCUUCAUUUGAAAGUCUGGAACACAUAGCAGAGUGGGGAGAUCUUUUCUGUUGCCAGCAAUGCCGGGAUCUUCAUGAGUUCAUUGUCAGUGAAAAAAAUCGCUAUCCAAAGAAAAUGGAGAUGAUUGAUAUUGCCCCUCAUAAGGCCCACGGAAGUCAAGCUGACCGAGAACGGGCAAAAGAAAGAGCUCGACAAAGGCUCAGAGAGAGACAAAUGGCAAAACAAAUUGCCUUUAUGGCAGUAGAAGCAGAAAAGAGUGCAUUUCCAAUACAUAUCCCUGAAUACAAUAAACAGCUUAGAACAAUUUCCUUCUUCCUGUCUCAAGAGACACCUUCUUCAGCAAGAAUUUAUCCACCAGUAAUUAAAGAAGCAGAGAUUCUGGACAAUACAUACAGCAUCUCUUGCUGUGAUUUCACUAUUGCAGGUGGAAAGUUAGUGAAAAACCAAUUCAUACAACAGUACUACAAAAAUGGUGUGAAGUUCCUUACCAUGUUUCCGGACGGCACUGCACAAAUAUUCUAUCCAUCUGGAAAUCUGGCAAUUAUUGUUGUACAGAAGGAUGAAAAUGCAGGAUACAUUUGUAUAGUCCAAGAAGAUAAGCAUGAGAAGCCGGAAAUCCAAGCAGUAUUUGACUCUUGUGGGAAAGGAACUUGUUAUCAUCCAAACCAAAUUGUAUGGAUAAAUAUUACUAUUCGAGGAGGACAUUACUCAGAUCAAGCUGGCAACAAAGUGAAAACAUGGAUUUGGCCCAACAAUCUACAGAAGCACAAUCCCCGUGUAUCGUUUAAACCCAUCUUUCUAUCCUUGAACCUUAAUGUUGGUGUCAGGAUACUAGGGCAAGAUAAAAUUGCCAUUUCUUUUCUUGCAAUGGGAAAACAAGCAAAAAUUAAUGUAGGAACCAAAGUGAAGCCACUUGCUGAACACCUUCCAUGGCCAAAGUACAUAGCUGAAGAUGACCUUCUGCUCUUCGCCAAUAGACUAAAGAUUCUUCGCAUCUUUGCUAAACUGAAUGGAUAUUUAGACUUUCCUGCCAGUGACUGGUGGACUAAACUGGAGCUCCCUUCAUUUCUUUUGAAACAGACUUCGAAGUUAAUAUAUCUUUGUAAAGAAUGUGAAAUAGGCUGUGCUCUAGAUAGGUUAAUAAUGGCAAAACUAAAUUCACCAGUUUGAUCAACAGCCGAUUGUUGAUGUUGCCUGAACAGUGUGUUAAAGUCACUUGUUUAAAAUAUUUAAUAUUUAUU